UUCUAUAGAGGUAAUGCAAUUUUUCGAUCCUAAAAUAUGAAUGUUAAAAUGUGUCAAAGAACAUUUUUCUAUGCCGUCGGUUUCCACCAUGCGGAGCUUCAGGAUGAGAACAAGGAAAAGCAUCAGAAACAGAAAAGCAACCACAGGAAACUGCAUUUCCAUAUCAAAAGAGUUAGCAAGUCUAGUGGAACAAGAACAUAAAAGAAGUUGUGAUAUGAAUUAAAAACCUUGAAAAAUAUUGUAAAAUGUAGAGUAUAAAACUUAAUAGAUAUAUCAUGAACGAGCAUAAUAAUGAUAUGAUUUGUUGUCGCAGAACAUGAGCUACAACAGUGGUAGCAACUCAAUUCUGAAAACGCUGAGGCUGAAGAAUCCGAAACUUGUGCUGUUGGAGAGUUGUUGCAGUGUUGAGGACCUCAAAAUCGUCCAUGCCCAUUUGCUAAGAACCCACCUUUUCUUCGAUGUCUUUGUAGCAAGUCGCCUUGUUGCUUUCUGCGUACACUCAACUACGAACUUGCUUCAUUACGCCUUAAGGGUUGUCUCCCAAAUAAAAAAUCCCAACCUUUUCAUCUACAAUGCUCUCAUCCGAGGCUUUUCCACCAGCCGAUGCCCACAAAAUUCUUUUCACUAUUACAUCAAAGCUCUACGCUUUGGUGUCAUACCUGAUAAUAUCACUCACCCUUUUUUGGUUAAAGCGUGUACUCAGUUUGAGUCUGCACCUAUGGGCAUGCAAGCACACGGUCAAAUUAUUAAGCAUGGAUUUGAACUAGAUUUUUUCGUUCAAAACUCCCUUCUUCAUAUGUAUGCAACUGUUGGGGACAUAAAGGCUGCAAGGAGCAUUUUUCAGAGGAUUGGUAGGUUUGACGUGGUUUCAUGGACUAGCAUGAUCGCAGGGUACCACAGGUGUGGAGAUGUUGAAUCUGCACGCCAACUGUUUGAUAGAAUGCCCGACAGGAAUUUGGUGACCUGGAGCACGAUGAUUAGUGGUUAUGCUCGGAACAAUUAUUUUGACAAGGCGAUUGAGUUGUUUGAGGCUCUUCAGGCGGAAGGGGUGGUGGCUAAUGAGACUGUGAUGGUUGGUGUCAUAUCUUCUUGUGCUCAUUUGGGGGCUCUUGCAAUGGGGGAGAAAGCUCAUGACUACGUGAUGAGAAAUAACUUAAGUUUGAAUCUAAUUCUUGGGACAGCUGUGGUUGAUAUGUAUGCAAAAUGUGGGGACCUUGGGAAAGCUGUUAAGGUUUUUGAGCAACUGCCGGAAAAGGAUGUGCUUUGUUGGACAGCUUUGAUUGCUGGACUGGCCAUGCAUGGUUAUGCAGAGAAAGUACUGUGGUAUUUUUCAGAAAUGCUGAAAACGGGGGUGGUCCCAAGGGACAUUACGUUUACUGCAGUGUUGUCAGCUUGCAGCCAUGCAGGAAUGGUUGAGAGGGGUUUGGAAAUAUUUGAAAGCAUGAAAGAAGAUCAUGGAGUGGAGCCAAGAUUGGAGCACUAUGGAUGUAUGGUUGAUCUUCUUGGUCGUGCAGGGAAGUUGGGAGAGGCAGAGAAGUUUAUUUUCGAAAUGCCUGUGAAGCCAAAUACUCCAAUAUGGAGAGCACUGCUAGGAGCAUGCAGAAUUCACAAGAAUGUAGAAGUCGGGGAAAGGGUGGGGAAAAUUUUGUUAGAGAUGCAACCAGAACAUAGUGGUCAUUAUGUGCUGCUCUCGAACAUAUACGCUCGCGCAAAUAAGUGGAAAGAUGUUACUGUUAUGAGGCAGAUGAUGAAGGACAAUGGAGUAAGAAAGCCACCUGGAUACAGUCUCAUCGAAGUAGAUGGAAAGAUUCACGAAUUUACAAUUGGAGAUAAAACACACCCGGAAAUAGAGAAUAUAGAAAGAAUGUGGGAAGAUAUAAUACUCAAAAAAAUAAAACUAGCAGGGUAUGUUGGAAAUACAGCGGAUACAAUGUUUGACAUUGAUGAAGAGGAAAAGGAAAGUGCACUUCACAGGCAUAGUGAGAAGCUGGCCAUUGCAUACGGAAUCAUGAAGGUUCAGGCUCCUGCACCCAUUCGGGUCGUUAAAAACUUGCGUGUCUGUGAAGAUUGUCACACUGCUACUAAGUUUAUUUCAAAGGUUUUCCAAGUAGAGUUGAUAGUGAGAGAUCGAAAUCGAUUCCAUCAUUUUAAAGAAGGGACGUGUUCUUGUAAGGAUUACUGGUGAAACAACAAUCUCACUGUUUACGUAUUACUACGACCAUGGUUGUAGAUUUAGCACAACCGGAUCAAAUCAAAUGAAUGAAGUUUCUCAAAAUUAUUAAAUCUGAACUUUAACUAAUUUGAUUAUAUGAUCAACGUUUUACUAAUUUUAAAACUUUUUAAAAUUUACAUAUUGAAAGCCUUUUUUAUUUAGACAUCUACUUUUAAACUAUUGUAGUCAGGUUUACAUGUGUUUAUCAACCGACCUCCAUUAUCUUUUAGUCAAGUUUUAGGGUAGAUAGUUUCUGAAAUUCAUAGUUUUCAUAGAGUCUCUUGAGGGUGAGAGGUCUGCAAAGUAUAGGGUUCUACGAUGUUGGCAGCAGGAGUCUCCUUUAGCGAGUGCAAAGAAACCGUGAAGGGAGUCUUGGGCUGUGGUCUGCAAAGAGUCUGGGGCUUAGGAUUCUCACGAGUGCAAAGUAACCGUGAGCAACCCCAUGGUAUAGAUUCCUUGUACCUCACUUUGUUGAAUUCAAUACAAUGCAGUUUCUGCUUUAUCGUUCAAAAUCCUUUUCCAAUUUCCAGCUUUUACUUUCUUUUUAUCUUUAAUUUCUGCAGUUUCUCUAAGUUUCUUGUACUGUAUUUUACGUUUAUUGUUAAAAUUCUGUGUUUGCUUUACUAUUUAUGUUGUUUACCACAUUUCUGAAUUGCUAGUUCGAAAAUAGUGUAAGUAGAUGAUAUUUCCUUCACAUCUUGCCAUAGGUUUUAAUGUUUAGCUCUUGCUUUCUUGGUUUAUAGUGUAGUAGUUACCAUGCCAUGUUAAUUUUCUUGUAGGCUACGCAUGAUUCAGAAUUGAGAAUUUAAUUUGUUUGGGGAAUUAAUGAGAACCUGCACAUAUCAAGUUUCUGAAAUAGAAUCUGUAGGACGCCAAAGUGGGCCUCUGUCUUCACUCAAUAUGGCUUCUUGAGCCAGAUUGAGAUUCAAUUGACCAAAUAGAUCGAGUACUCAGUUUUGGGUUUUGCUCUGUUGAACGAGUUCUGCAUUUUACGGUCAUUGGUUUUUUAAAUUCUGAAAAUGUUCUUUUGA